AUGACUGGUAUUUCUCAGUACAAACACGAUGAGAUUCGAUUCGUCCUCAGGGAGAUCGUCAGAAAAACCAAGCUUCCUUCCAUCAGCGAAGGCUUCUUCAACCGCUUCACCAAAACCCUGAAUCCGAAUCAGAUUCGAUAUAUCAAGAACAAAUAUGGAAAGGACCCUACCUUCAAGAGUCCCAUGAUCAACUACCGCGGCGCGAACGCAGCCGACUUGGAAGACUCAGAUAAUCCUCAAGAAGAGAAGAGUGGUUGGGUAAAUCAUCCCCUGCUUCUUGCCCCAGAGAAUCACACUCCUCGCGAGCAGUCCCAGAGCCCAGAAUUGCUGGCAUCACACAAUCCGAUCCCGGCAGGACCUUCUGUGCCAAACCCACCCACAGCCACGAAAGGUCAUGAGAAUCCGGUGUCUCUCGUCCCUGGUUGGGCGCAACGACGGGAGCAAGGGCUUUACUUCCAACCCGUUAACCGUACAUAUCAACAGCCCCAAGAUCUGAACACCCCCUCUCAAAUCCUCCCAGCCGAGCCAGACCUCAGCCAACAACCAUUAAUACCAGCCGCACAGGCGAGCUCUCCUGUUUUCUUUCCGGACAACUCCAUGCCCAUUUCGAAUCACCUGGCAGGGUACUAUGGCGGCAUCGAGCCCGUUCCUCAAGGGUUCCACUACCCAACCCAGUCCCCACGCUUUGUCGAGAGUACUUCUAUGAAUCAGUACGGAAUUCCAUCAAUACCAGAUUCGAUGUGGGCAAAGGCCAGUGCAGCUUCGCCAUUGCCCGGUCGUGUCUCUGCCGCCUCUAAGAGACGAGAUCGUCGUCAUAACCCCUAUUCAAGACCAACUGUAGGGCCAAAUACCCGACCCUCACACGGUACUGUAUCACGACCCCCUUCACAAGUGGUUACAGAAAGUGAUUCCCCACUUCUAAUUCCUUCCGGGUCUAUGCCGCGAUCUUCACAAGUGAUUCAAGAGAACGUCGUCUCCUCCCCACCCCCCAAUGAUGCCCCACCGAGAGCACCUUCAUCGAAAAAGGGUCAAACGGCCGCUACUCCCUCAUCGCGACCUGAAUCUGCUAUCCGAACUCGACGACGCAAUGUGUCUGGGAUAGGAUACAACGUUCACGGCAUAAGGCCGCGCCGGAUCGCAAAGGCCGCCCAUCUUACUCGGUUUCCCGACUCAUACAAUGGUGUUUUAAGCAACUUUGUCCAUGACAUGAGUGAGCCUAUUACUGGUUUACCGGAACCGUUAUUGCCGUCACAAACCACACAGAAUCAGGACGGGGGCCGCAUUGAGGACAUCAACCUGGAUUUCGCUGUUGAUCCCAUUGCAAAAUACACCAAUUAUCCUCCUUCAGAGCUUGAACAUGCCGGGCUAAAGGCCGGCGGAGGCUCUAGUGCAACCCCGGAAGUUAUUGAAACGACUCCUUCUCUUACUGGUGCAGGACCGUCUCUUAGCCUGCCGGCGAGCUCACAACCUCUAGGAUCAUCGAAUCUUCUCGAAUCUGUAGAAUCCCCUUCUGAGUUUGUGCCGGUUCAGACCACCCCUUUGAUUCCUUCGACGUCACCUUUCUUGCCAACUCCUUCUCAAGCUAUGAUGUUCAAGCUCAACGCUACUGAGAAGAAUGGCGAGAGGGACAAGGGAAAGGGCAAAGGUAAGGAAAUAAGCAAUGAAGUCUUGGAAGCCAGGGAGAUGAGACGACGGCAGGAGAUUAUCCGAAAUAACAAUAUUCAAACUGCCCUGAAUCAGAUGUUUCAGAGGGACGAAGCAUUGCGCCUCGUGGUGGGGAAGCAGGAAGUAUCUCAGGCUGCAGUUGAGGCGCAGAACCCACCUAAAACCCAAGGAGAGAGUGCAAGCCAACUCCUCACUCAUGGAGAAAAUCAGCGUUGCACCAAAUCCCACCAUCAGGUUGAAACCUCGGCCUCGAGAUCAAACACGCUACCUCUUGACCAGGUUGCUCUUCAGCCUCUAUCGCCCGGCCAGUCUUCGAAGAACAUCACAUACGAGGAGAUGAAGUCCUGGGGUGAGGGGGUGGUUGGAAGCGAUGUGUUGCACGAAACUCUCCUCGCUCUGGACUGUGACGCACCCAUCGAGUCAACUGAGCGGGUGGUUGAGAUAUAG